ACAUGGCGGCCUCCAUGGAAUCAAAUGUCUCUUACAAGUGUUUUAAAACAGAUGUCUUGUUUUAAACUACGCCUACUUGAUUUAGUGCUAGAUCUAUACUAAUGCAGCUUUACCUUAAUUUUGAAUCAAUUUUUACAUUAAAUGUAAAAUGUCCUCUUUGAAAUGCACUAUUCCUGGUGUCAGUCUCAAAGUUUUUGGUAGAGCAAUACAGUCACUUUCAAAAAUUGGAGAUGAGCUAUACUUUGAACCUUUGGAUGAUGGCUUGUACUUAAGGUCAGUGAAUUCCUCUCGGUCAGCGUAUGCCUGCUUUCAGUUUUCACCUAGUUUUUUUCUGCAUUAUGUGAAUGGAUCUCAGACAGAUGCAAAUAACUCAGAUGAUGAUUUUCUGCGGUGUAAAAUUGGAAUGAAAUCUGUAAUGACAGUGUUUAAAUCGCUCUCUACAAUUGAUAAAACAGUAGAAAAAUGCAGAAUUUCACUGAAUCUGUCAGAAGCGAGACUUGUCUUUCAGAUGUAUUGCAGACAUGGCAUCAUAAAAACUCACAAUCUGGCUUACAUUGAAUGUGAAACAUUGCAAGCUGUUUACUCCAAGGAUCUUUGCCCAAAUAAAUUUACAGCCCCUCCAAAACUUCUUUGUGAUGCUGUGCUUGCCUUCCAAACAAACCAAGAGGAAAUAACCCUCAUCAUGAGACCAGACUACGUAGCACUAAAAAAUUAUGUGGAUGAUGAACCAGACCCUAACAAGGUGAUACACACAGAGCUUACACUUUCACCCAAUGAAUUUGACAACUAUCAAGUUGGGGUGGAUUCUGAUGUGACAUUUUGCCUCAAGGAACUUAGGGCCAUCUUGGGAUUUGCUGACAUAACAUCUCUACCUCUCACAGUCCAGUUUGAAGGAGCUGGAAAGCCUAUAACAUUCUCCAUUACUAGUGAUCUUUCCUUUGAAGCCAAUUUUGUUUUGGCAACAUUAGCAGACGUGGAAUCUUCUCAAAUUUCACAAUCUAAAACCAAGCAUGGCAACACUAGCAGGAAGACAAAUACAUCACAUUCAACCAAACAGCCUAAUGGUGGAUUAUCAGUGAAAUCUAGAGCUAAUUCUCAUUCAAACAGUACCAAAGAACUUGUGCAUAAACAAAAUGCAUAUAAAAACCUACCAGAGCCAUCAAAUGCGAUUGACGAUGAUGGUGAUGAUGCAGAAUUGACGAUGGCUAUGAUGGAUAUCACUGCACCUGAUGAAACGUUACUGAACAAUGAAUAUCAACAAUAUAAACUAAAUCAAGGUGCUAAAAAUAUUUCUGCUGGAAAAAGUUUAAAUAAUCAAGAUGAAAACAGCAAGGAUUGCAGCAUAGGAGAAAAUGGAGGAAAAGAUUCAGAAAAUAAAAAUGUGAAUAGAUUUGCUUCAUCAGAUGAUACAAAUUCUGAACAGAUAGCAAACAGAUUGAAUAAUCAAGAGCAAAGUUUCCACACCAGCAAUUAUGUACCUGAUCAAACAAGUUCCCCUGCUUUAAACAACAGAAAGACUUUGUCUUUGAAAUCUGCUUAUAACUCUGACACAGAUGUCAGUCCUGUGAUACCUAUUCAGUCUGAUACCAAUAACAAAGUAGAUGAUCCACUUGAAGAAGACAGUGAUGAAAUACCUGCCACACCUCCAAGCAAAAAGUUUAGAUCAGUUUUCUUUGGUACUCAGUCCAGUACCCAGUCUUCACAGUCUCAGAGGAAGCGCAUCAUCCUUGCGCCUAAUUCAGAUGAAGAGGACUAAGUGUUGGAGAGUACAACUUACAAGUUUUCAGUAAUGUAUUUUCAUAAAUUAUUUAAAAUAGGUUUUGGUUGCGAUCAUCUUUAAAGGGACAAUUCUGAUAUAACUCAAUAAUUUAAAUUUGUUGUUGUAUAAUUUUACUUUUACAUUAUUGCUAAAUGGGAACUGAAAUGAAUAUUUUUUUCUCAAUUGUAUUUGAUGUAAUUGUGUUGUUACUGAAAAUAUUGUAAAUAAUGAAAUUGUUGUAAAUAAUAAUGUAAAAUACAUAUUUAUUUUAAAUAACUUUCAUUCAUGUGUUACUUGUUAAUUUCUUAAAUUAUUUUAUUUUGCGCCAACUUUGUAUAAUAAGGGAUUUCUUUUACAAUGUUCCAUGUUUUCAGUGGCAAAAACAUAA